AUGGCAAGGACGCCUUUGGAGCAGCCUCUAGCAGCCGAACGUGUCGAGAUCACGGAGACUUGCUGCUGUGGGCUGGACCGGGACUUCCGGAAGUGGGUCCAAUGGAGACGUCCUGCGGGCAGCAGUAGCAGCACAGAUCGAUUGCCUUGGCAAUCUGGUUGCACAGUGCUCUUCCUUUUGGAGAUGUCUUCGUAUUUCUACUUCGUGCUCGAGUCCCCUGUGCUGCUUGUGAUGGGAGGUGUUUUUGUCGUCAAGGUUCUGGUGGAGAUCUGGGGUCAGACAACGCCCACCUGGUUGUGCCCAGGUACACUUUGCCUGCUCCUCGUGGUUUACACGCUGGGAUUCCCCACAAUCGUGCCCUACAUGUUUGGCUACUGCACGAAAGUCUUGGACAUCUGCUUCUUGGGACACCAGACACUGGGCCUGGCGCUCUACCUCGGGGGGUCUUCUUAUUCUCUCUACUAUGAGGUGCAUCGCUUCAGGUGGAAGGCAAAGCCUGAGAACAAAGGGAAGCUGCACAUGGUGGGGCCUGCAGCCUGGUGCAUCCACCCAAACUACUUUGGAGAUCUCUUCACAUACACAGGCUGGGCGCUGGCAACCGGAACCACCUGCGCACUGAGCAUCCCGAUUGCCACAAUCUUCACUUUUGUCAUGGCAGUUGUUCCAAACUCAGACAACUACCUGGCGCAGCGCUACCCUGAGGAGUUUCCGGCUUAUGCAGCCAAGACUGCCACGCUGAUCCCUGGCCUGCAUUCCAAGCUGGGCAGUCAGAUCCUGGCAUGGGCCUCCUUGGUGGUCUCCAUGUACUUCUGGUGCAGCACUUGCUCAGCAUCAUGUGGCCUGUAG